GGUCAUGCAUGAGUGAUUUUGAAAAAAAGAAGACGAGGGGCACAACUAGGGAUGCUGGACAACAUGUUUACCAAGUUUGGAUGAAUUUGGAUGAGGGACGGAGCCAGGGCAGAGCUAACAAAAACCAUGUGUUAAACAAAUGGGAUUUUGUGGAAGAAGAAGAAGAAGAAGAAGACGACGGAAUAGGAAUACGGAACAAGAACAAUGCAUUGUCGCCAUUGGGCGUCAAUGCAAUAACUAUACAAUUGAUGCGAGCGCGAAGCACGAGCGUAAACAAAUUUGAGAUUUCAGACCUAAAAUCGGGACAUUCUAUGGAUGGGUAAUUGGGUACCUACCUAUAUUAAUAAUGCAAGCGCGAGCAGAAAAUUUUUGAUGUUCUGAUCUGAAACUUUAUAAUUUAAGCACAUUUUAAAUAAAAAGAUACAAGCUGGGUAUCUGAACAAACAUGAGUGCCUGUGUGUAAAUUUAUACCUAGAAUCUGGGCAUUCUAAAUACAUUUUUAUAUGAUGAAAAUCAAUAACGCGAUUUGCGCGAGCUGAAAAUAUUUUACAUUCCGAUCUGAAAAAGGGUGAAUUAAAGCACCAUUUCAAGCACUGUACUGUAUAGGGAAAUACUGAAGAGGGAGGAGGGAGUUCCUACAAAACUUCGUUUAUUUUUAUUACAUUUCUGUAAUUUAUCAUACAGUCUAUCAGAUUUCCAGGGGUGCUGCCUAUGGAAAAUAACACAGGCAGCACCCCCAUGAAAAAUUUUGGGAUGCUUCGGCACCCCCGCUUCCCAUGGCCAUGGCACCCGGUGGCUUAGUUCAGAUUUAAGCAGUGGGGUUGCCAAAAUAUACACUAAACUGAAAAAAUCUGUGAUUUUGUUCCAAGUUCAUGAACUUUAUUUUCGAGAAAAUUUAGGAUGGUACAUGUAUCUUCAAAAGCAAUAAAAAAGCAAAUUUUUCCGUAUCAAAGUUACGGCACGACGAGUGACGCGCAGCGUUUUGAAAAAUAGUACCCGGGGAUAUCGUGAACUGGAUACGCAUUUUUGAAGUGCCGUGCCCAUGAUUCUAAAAAGUUCACUCAGUUACACGUCAGAAAGCGACAAUGCAUGGAAGUAAAAACUGCAGCUGCACAGGCCUGGCUGUCUGGCUACUAUGCAGGCAUGGAUGGGAGCGAUUUCAUGUUGGGAGUCGCUCUAUACUUGGCAGUUUUCGGCAGUUGCGAGAGCGAUUCGAAAGCACACGAGAGCGGAAUUGCUCAUCGCUCCCGUCUAUUUUCAACGCUGCCAGAAGACUCUAGAAUGAUCUCAGUGAAAUUAACAAUGUAAACAAGAGAAUCCUAUUGUCAUUUUCCUCUGCUGGCAGUCUCUAUUUUCUGCCAUUGUACAUUUCAGAAUUACCAAGCCUCAUUUAACAAAGCCAAGCCUCAUUUAACAAAGCUUAUUCUGGAAUAUUCUUGUUAUGCAAUGAACUUCCUUAGAGAAAAACUAAAUGACUGUAUAUAGAUACUUUCUCUUACAAUUCUUCUUGUGUAUAACAGAUCACAAAAUGAAGUCAGUUGUUGAGCGGGGCCGGGUUGAGCACCAACAUAGCUAAUACAUGCGCGCCUAUGGGAAUCGCGAGCUGUAGGAAAAGUGCAUAAAAUUACGCUUCUGCUGAGAUAUUUCAACGAAAAUCUGUAAAAAGUGAAGAACCAUCAGACCAUAUCAUAUCGCUUGAAAAUUGUUACAAGAAAUUUUGAAAUGACAAAAAAUUACACAAAAAUUGGUGGCCAAAUCUUAAAGUUUGGGAACCACUCGUCGAUUUGUAUGUGUGUGUACGUGUACAACGUGAAUGGAGGGAAACCUUGCGUGUGACCGAAUAGACUGCUGCUGACAGCUGUACUAAGUAAACGGUGGUUCCCAAUUUCAUGAUGAUACCCAAAUUGGUUUAUAAAAAUCAAGAAACAGGCUAGUGCUGAGCUAAGCUGAGGAGCGAACGAGGUAUCUACUGGCGUGAGAAAGUGCCUCCCAAACCCAAAAUUGCCUGUUCCUAUAACUGGUGACAUUCAAGGCCUGUGUUAUAUUCUAUAGAUCUAUAACAUUUUGAUCUUGCGCUGUCUGGAAUCUGUAAAAGCUGUUGUGCCAAACACCAAACCUGUCACUGUUGAUGACCCUGCUGUGACUUCUCAAGUUUUCUGUGAAUUGUUGAAUUUCAAUGUAGUGACAGUUUAUUUCUUUAUCAUUUUGUUUUUAGAUGGCUCAAGUAUUUCAAGAAUACCUACAAAGAUGGGAUCAAUUUGUUGAUAAACAUAAAGAUCCUCGUGUGGAUGACUGGUUACUAAUGGACAGUGUCUGGCCCGGAACCUUCUUGGUCCUGGUCUAUCUGGUCAUUGUUUGGGUAGGACCCAAGCUGAUGGAGAAACGACAACCCUUCCAACUCAGAGAAGUCCUCAUGGCUUACAACUUUGCAAUGGUGCUGCUAUCGCUGUACAUGGUGAUUGAUUUUGGUCGUGGAGGCUGGUUGAAUGGCUACACCUAUGGCUGUCAACUUGUGGAUUAUAGCAACAGCCCUCAGGCAAUGACAAUGCUCAAUGUAUGCUGGUGGUUUUACUUCUCCAAAUUCAUUGAGAUGUGGGACACAUUCUUCUUUAUACUUCGGAAGAAGAAGGCCCAGAUAUCGUUUCUGCACGUAUUUCACCAUGCCAUUAUGCCUUUCACUUGGUGGAUCGGAGUACGCUUUGUAGGAGGUGGAUUUGGUACCUUCCAUGCGUUUUUAAACAGUUUUAUCCAUUUCUUGAUGUACAUCUACUAUGGCCUUGCUGCAGUUGGUCCUCAUAUGCAAAAGUAUUUAUGGUGGAAGAAAUACAUGACAAAGAUGCAACUAAUCCAAUUCACUCUGGUAAUGUUACACUGCAGCCAGCUUCUAUUCAUUGAGUGCCCAUACCCCAAGGUCUUUGUAUGGAUCAUAGCUAGCUAUGGGUUCAUCUUCUUUGUUCUCUUCCUACACUUCUACAUAGCUGCUUACCUCAAGAAAGGUAAACCCACCAUGCUCUAUGGGAAUGGAGAUUCUAAGGUUGAACAUAAUGGCAAUGGACGGCACAGUAGCAAGACAGAUUCUAACAGCAAUGGUUAUCAUAAGUUGGAUUAAUGUAUGUCUUGAUUUACAGUUUCAGGGGUUCAGGGUAUUUGUUUAGAAGACUAUAAGAGUCCAGGACCAUAGAGGUUGGAACCAACAUGAUAUCAGGAUGAUAUCUUUUAUGAAAGUCCAUCAUGUCAUUGUUGAUAAGUGGCCUUGUGUCAGGUUCAUCAAUGCAUUUCAUCACUAUAGUAUUACCUUGCAAAGUUCUGAAGGUCACCUUGAUAGAUCUAUAUACCUCACUCAUGUUGCAGCACUAGCAGCAUGGCAUGUCUCAUGACAUAAAGUAAUAGUAUUUCAAAUAGAGCAAUCAUCUUGAUUGUCUCACACAGAUGAGAUAUCACCAAAGAAUUACUCUGCAAAAAGAGCUUGAAGCAGUAAAAUUGACAACCUAUAGAGGUUCCAAGACUCGAUGGUAAAGCUGCUGGAUACAUCACCGAUUAUUUCAGUAGGAAAUUAUUGAUGGUUCUAGUCUUCUGACCCCUGUUUCACAAGGAGAUCAUUGUGCAAUCAAUCACAAGAAUCUAUCAGGGAUCACCUGCUUUGUGUCACAGGGAGGAUCCCUUUAUGCUGUAGGCAUUUAUUGUGUGAUUUAUUUUGUUGGUGGUUUUUAAUUUUUUAAAGAAGGAAUGUUUCAUAUCUUUUCUCACUUGCAGCAUGUCGUUGAAAUGUUAUCAUAUAAAACUUUUUUAAUGAUUGUGUGUGAGCAUGAGCCAUUUUUGUCUCGCCUGCAUAGCAGAACGAGACUAUAUGCGCCGCUUUUCCGACGGCGGCGUCGUCAACAUUGAAAUCUUAACCAAGGUUAAGUUUUUGAAAUGUCAUCAUAACUUAGAAAAUAUGUGGAUCUAGCUCAUGAAACUUGGACAUAAGGGUAAUCAAGUAUUACUGAACAUCCUGCCUGAUUUUCAGGUCAUAUGACCAAGGUCAAAGGUCAUUUAGGGUCAAUAAACUUAGACCAAGUUGGGGGAAUCAAUAUCAAAAUCUUAAGGUUAAGUUUUUGAAAUGUCAUAUUUUCUUAAGUAUAUGGACCUAGUUCAUGAAACUUGGACAUAAGGGUGAUAGUGUAUCACUGAAGAUGCUUCCUGUGUUUCAGGUCACAUGACCAAGGUCAAAGGUCAAUUCAGGUCAACAAACUUUGAGCAUGUUGGGGGUAUUUGUGGAAUUGUCAUCAUAACUUUAAAGUUUAUAGAUCUAGUUCAUGAAACUUAGGACAUGAGAGUAACCAUGUAUCCCUGAAUAUCUUGUGUUUGUUUCUGGUGACAUGAUCACAAUCAAAGGUCAUUUAGGGUCAAUGAUCUUUGGCUGUGUUGGGGAUGUUUUGUUGAAUUGGCAUCAUACAUGUACAUUGUAACUUAAAAAGUUUAUGGAUCUACACAUGAAGUUCAUGAAACAGACAUAAGGGUAAUCAAGUAUGAAUGAUUGUUUUGCACAUGUCUUAGGUCUUAUGAUCAUGGUCAAUGGACAUAAUAUUUUAUUAUCAUAUGAGUGUUUUCUUUUGUGAAUAAUUAUUCAAUAGCUGUUUUCAAAGUCAGCACUGCUGCUAUAUCGAAUUACAUAAUGCAGGCAAGACUGCCAGAGGCGUUCCACUUGUUAUUGUUUUUUUUUUUUUCUUUUUUUUUUUCAAAGUGUAGUAUACACUGUAGUGUAAUGGAUACUUUUAUACAUAAUCCUGCAUUUUCUUGAUAAAUUUAUUGGGGUUUAAUUUUUUAAUGAAACAUUUUCAGUGUUAACACUUAUAUAUAAUUUUUUACUUUGUCAUACAAGUGGUAAUCUCUGUAUUAAUCUCUUCUUGGAUUAUGUUUUUUUUUAGAAGAAAAACAUUUUAUUAAACAGUGAACAUCUGUGAUCAUUUUGAUUGGAUUGAUUUGAUUGGUCUUUUACAACUGUACCAAAGAUUUCUUGUAUCUGAUAUUGAUACACAUUUUCUGAAACAGGGUCCAGGAAUGACAUGAAAGAAAUAGAUGGUCCAAAGAAAAAUUCAGAUUCAUGAAUUCUAAAUUUAUUUUGCUAUUGAUGAUGAAGAUUUUUAGAAUGAAAAUAUAGUGUGGUAGAAUACUUGUAAUAUAUAGAAAUCAUUCAAAAUGAUCAUUGUUGAUUAUAAUUGUGGCAUGCAGACAAUUCAGUACUAUAUUUAAUCUUAUGGAAAAUAUAAUCAUGUUAAAAAAUCAAUAAUAUUGUGGUAUUAUUAAAGGUAAAUGCUAGUUUUGGUAACGAUAUCAAAAUGAGUUCGUACAGAAUCCAAUGAAAUGACCACCAAAGUGUCUGUUUGUAUAAAUAAAACGCAUGUGCCAAAGGAUUCUGGAAGAAAUUGUGUAAUUGCUGAGAAAUCAGCAAAUAAGCACAGGAUUCGGGUAGAGUGUCGGGCCCGACGCUCAAAGCAAUAAUUAUACACAGUCCCACGUGCGCUUAUCUGUGUUGGGGAAGUUCAGUCUGAACAUUUUUCAGCGUAGAUUUCAAGAUUUCACAAAGUUCAGUUUAUGUAACUGUACCAGAUCUAGAUCCUCGAUGAUAUACUGACAAUUAAGCCUGGUUUUACAGACUUUCUCAUGAAAUCAGUGUUUACUGCAACUACUGGAAUUUCUCUUUAAGGACUGAGACAAAUGCUCAUCCUGGAACAUUAUCUAUAUCAUUUGAUAUCCUAGAAACUUACAUGUACAUACCAUCCAAGGUACCAUUUAUAUUAAUUGAAGUAUUUGAAAAUUUAUGAAAUGAAUGAACAUGAAGGGCAUUCGAUACACUAAUGGGGUGUUGCAAGAAACUUGCAAUCAAUUGCAAGUCUAUUUUCGUUCCCAAAAUCAAGCAUAUGCAGUGCAAUUAAUUGCAAAUUUGCGAUUGAUUGCUAAUCUGCUCCAUGAAAAGAGGAGUGUAAUUUGAUUUUCUGUAGCUGAAAGUGAUCAAUCAAUUGUAAAAUUGCAACAGAAUAUUUGCGAUUGAUUGCAAAUAUUUUCUUGCAACACCCCCUAAGUGACUUUUAAUUUCACAGUGUCAUUUUUGUGUCAUUACUACCAUGAUGUUUUGUCCAAAUUUUGAACUGAUCAAAGCAAGGGAAUAUAUAGGCCUACAGUGGUACUAUUCAAGGGAUGAGGAGAAUAAAUACUGUUUGUAAAAUUCAUUUUAAGUGCCAUUAUUUGAUUAAAAAGUGCCAGUUUUCUCUAUAUUUUGGCAAUCGUCUAUUCGUCAUCUAUUACAUUUAUCCAAUAUAUUAAUAACUCUAUUUCAAGAAA